GAUUGUGUAUAAAAGUGAGCGGCCACGGGCGUCACCUCGACAAACGACGUGCGACUUUCGACGAGAUCGUAUCUGUUAAAAACGUGAUAAAAAAAGAAGAGGAAAGAACGCGAGAGAGAGAGAACGCAUAUCGACGACGCUUCGGACAUUUCCAAAAUAUUCCUCUCCAUUUAAGCUUUUGCUGAAUCGGAACGACCAUGGCGAAGAUGAGCUUCAAGGUGUACUUGGUAAACGAGAAUCCGUGGACCUGCACGGAAGUGCGCAGAUUCGGCGUCGACGCCGACGUCGCGACGAAUUUCGUAUAUCUUCGCGAGAAAUUGCAAACCGUCUUCCCGAGCCUACGGGGCAAAAUCUUCACCGUCGGCUGGAAAGAUGAAGAAAAUGAGACCAUUACCAUAUCUACUAAUGAAGAGUUGGAAAUUGCACUGGAAGACAUGGCUAAGAAAAAUAUCUACAAACUAUACGUCUUCCUAAAAUUAGAGCGAGAUGCAAUAGACAUGUCAAAGAUAGAAAAAAUAUUGCAUCCUGGUGUGGUAUGUGAUGUAUGCGACAAGGAUAUACAUGGUUUUCGCUUCAAGUGUAUGGAAUGUCCAGAUUAUGACUUGUGCACUGAUUGCAUGAAUCUUGGCAAUCAUUCGGAGCAUUACAUGGUUCGCAUGACUCAGCCGAUCGAGUGGUCGAGUCACCAUGGGCGCCGACUUGCUCACCAUGUGCGCAAGUUUGUGAAGAAAGCAGCGCAGCACUGUAAAGAAGAUGAGCGCAAAUAUACACCGCAUAAGAGCAAACGAACUAGCUGUCCCAUGUUCAGCGCAGAUGGUAAAUUUGGCCUUUUUGAUCCGUCUGUAAACGUACUGGAAAAUUUCAUUGUAGACGUUUGUACUGCUCUGUCAGACGAAAGCUGUCAGGUCUGUCACGAGCAGAAGCGGCCUAAGGAACAACCUAAGGAACCGUCCGCGGAAGCUGCGACUGAGGCGACGGAGGAUCCUCAGCAGGAAGCAACCAGGCACUCUUUCUCGCAGCUGUUAAAGAUUGUUGAGGAUAACAUUUCCAACAUCUCGCAAUUCCUAGAUCCACUCGGCAUCAACGUCACCGUGAUGACUGACAAUGAUUCCACUCAGAAACCUGCAGACAAGGCGCAGACAAAGGCUAGCACCCAAAAGUCCGAGCCCCGCGCGUCUACGUCUUCAGAGGACUCUGCUAAGAAGUUCCCUGGUGAGGGAAAGAAACUGCGCGACGAACCUGUAAGUACUGCAGCUGUUCCUUCAACAGAUAACACAUCAUUACAAAAGGAAUCAGCACCAGCAGCAGCAACAACAACAACAACAACCUCUGCUGAGCAAGCAGCCGAAGCCGAGGAAUGGACGAUGAUACAACGCGAAAGUCCCAAUAUUAGCCGUGCUUCGUCCACUUCCUCUUCAUUGAAUGCAAAUGGAACUACGCCUAAGCAGGUUAUACCAUCUGCACCGACAGCACCAGAGCCAGAGAAAACUUCAUCAAACCAGAAAAUGUACCCAUCCUUACCUGAAGAAGUAAGGCAAGAGUUCUAUCAUCCAAAUCCUAAGAUUCAACGGGCCGUAGAAGCGAUGAUGGCGAUGGGAUUCUCCAACGAGGGUUCAUGGCUCACUCAUCUGUUAGUUGCACAAAAUGGUGACAUCGACAAAGCAUUGGAUGUAAUUCAUCCGGUACGCCGUCAUUAGAAGGGAUGGGGCCAAAACUAUAGUUAAUAGUAGUUAAUGCAAUAAGCGGUAAAAUAAUUAAUAUCGUGUCGAUAGUUCGUAAUUACUGUUGAUUAUAUAACAUCUUUUCUAUAUUGUUGGUUUAUUUCACACAUACUAUGAUACGGUUCUGUACGGUUCUUUUUAGAAGCUUGAACAAUGCAUAACUUUAAAUUUGUUCUUAAUUGAUCAUAUGUAUCUCAAUAUACUAUUUUGUAUCGGUAUUGCUAAUUUAUGUUGCGAACAUAUAUUGACGUUAUUUUAUAAAAAAUACUUCAAUAUUGUUUAACAUAUAUAUUUUUUCUUUUUCUAUGAUUUUUAAUGCAAGAAGUUAAAAUAUUUUUGGUGACUGGAUUAUUA